CCGUCUUCGUAGAGUUCGCAUUCCAAAUCAUGCUGCGCGCUUUGCCAUGUGUGUCCGCUCUUCCUCGAUGUCGGGCCACCUCGAGGUGGUUCAGCGAGAUGGCUGCACCAGCAGAGGCAAUCUCCAAAGCUGAUGACGUCAUCUCCAGAACAAGCCGGCUGUUUAUUGAUAACCAAUACGUCGAGGCCGAAGGAGGACGGCUACCUGUAUUGUCACCUGUAGAUGGCAAACCUUUUGCAAGCAUUGCUCAUGCUUCUGCUCGUGACGUUGAUCGAGCAGUGCAAUCUGCAAGGAGAUGUUUCGACCAUGAUUGUUGGCCCCAGCAAGAUGUGCAGGCGAGGGUGGAGAUCCUCAAGAGGAUCGCUGCAGCUCUCCGAACGCCGGAGGUGUACACAUGUCACUCUGGACGGGCGGAUGCUGCUUUGUUGACCCAGGUUUGCGAUGCCCUUUGUGUCAUUGAAAGCCGGGACUGUGGAAAACCCUUUUCUGAAAGUCAAGGAGAUCUUGGUGUUUGCGCGGAUACCUUUGACUACUACGCAGAGGUUGCACCGGAGACCAUGAAGACAACGUAUCCGAGUGUUGGAGCUGGUGCCACUCACUUCUACGCAAGGAUCGCUGUGGAGCCCCUGGGAGUGGUUGGGUGCAUCACUCCAUGGAAUUUUCCUUUGAUGCAAGCGGUCCUGAAAGUUGCCCCGGCGCUCGCUGCAGGCUGUGCCGUGGUCUUGAAACCCUCACCUUUGGCAUCGUUGACUUGCUGCGCAUUGGGAGAGCUAGUGGCAGCAGCUGGUGCACCACCAGGAGCUCUGAACGUCAUCACUGGUGGACCACCGGAAGUGCUGGAAGGUGGAGGUAGCACAGGGCAGUACCUCAUCGAUCACAGCAUGUUGGACAAGGUAUCCUUCACGGGAAGCGGAAGUGCUGGACAAAAGAUGCUGGAGGCCUCUGCAUCGAAGCUACGCCCGACUUGCUUGGAGUUGGGUGGAAAGUCAGCCUUUAUUGUAUUUGAAGACGCCGCAGAUGACUUGGAUCAUCUCGUGGACUGGGUCAUGGUGGGUAUUUUCCAAUGCACCGGUCAGGUGUGUUCAGCAACAAGCCGCCUGCUGAUCCACGAAAGUUUGGAGGCCAAGCUUGUGGAGCGGCUGCUUGAGGGCAUCAGGAGCAUCAAAGUCGGGGAUCCCUUGCAGAAGGGAACCUUGAUGGGUCCUGUGGUCUCAGAGGGGCAGCAGCAGAAGGUGCUUGGAAUGAUCCAGCAGGCGGAAGCGGAUGGCGGGAAGAUCCAUUCAGUACCCUUGGAGCUGCCAAAGGAGUUGCAGCAAGGCUACUAUGUGCCUCCCACGGUUCUCUCCAACUUGGCUGAGAGCUCUGCAGCAUGGAAGCAGGAGAUCUUCGGACCAGUCCUGGCCAUCAGGUCUUUCCGGACAGAGGAAGAGGCCAUUCGACUUGCCAAUGACACUCCGUACGGACUGGCCAACGCGGUGUGGUCUGCUGAUCGAGCUCGAACGCAACGUGUUGCUGCUCAACUCAAGUCUGGAGUGGUUUGGGAAAACUGCUCUCAGGUUUUGUUUCCAUCGACACCUUUUGGCGGAAGACAGGGCAAAGCCAGUGGAUUUGGCUUUGAGCAGGGCAUUGCUGGCCUCAAAGAGUUCGUCAGCGAGAAAACUGUGAUCACUGGCGACAGAACCGGCUACAGCUGGGGAGUCUACAAGCAGUCCUGAGGGGGAUGCCUUGUACAUAGAUCAUCCUUUGUCUUUUGCGUUGAGU